GCCAUGUUCCAGCACACGGCAGCAGGUGGAGGAGGCGCUGGAGGAGGAAUGGGUGCUUCUACCCAGACAAACACAAACAUUAUCCAGCCAGCCGUUUUCCAGCACACAGCAGGAGGUGGAGGAGGAUCGGGCGCUCCCGCAGCCGUUACGCAGCCUCCUGUGAUUGCAAACAGCACAUCGGGUGGCAGCGGUGAUGGAGGAGGACUCUCUGGUGCCUCCGGUUUUGGACCAGCGGGCAACAACGGUGCGGUCCUCUCGCAGAACGCAUUCUCUGCGUUAAGCAGUGCACAGCCUGCUGAUGGCCAGAGAGAUGGACAGCAGAGCCUUCUUGACGUUAUAGCGGAAGACAUGGCAACGUGGGAAUCUUCUGGACAGUGGAUGUUUUCGUGUUACUCUCCUGAGACAGGCAAGCCUAAUGUUCCAGGCUUUGGAGAGUUCUCGGCUGAGGAGGUGCGUCUGGAGUAUUAUAACUGCAGUGCAAACAACAACACUGGCUACUACAUCAACUCUGUCAAUCAGUUAGUGCAGCAGUGGAGAAAGAGGCUGCAGGAGCUGAAGGCUUUAAAUGGCUCGGGAAAAGCAGCGAUGCAGAAUGGCGGUGGAGGAGGAGGAGGAAUGGGUGCUGCUACCCAGAGAAACACCAAACCUUAUCAGGCC